AAAAAAAACAUCUCUAUUCUCUAAUGGAACCUCUGUGUUAAGCUCCAUAUACAGUUUUCAAGCAAAUCUUGAGAUCAACUCUUACCACUCUCAUGGAUUUCUUGCCUUAAAGGUUUUGUGAAGAUGGGUGGUGAAAAGUUUGGAUUUUUGAUCUGGGUUUCAUCUAUUACUUGCCUACUCUGCCUCUGCCAUGGAUACGUACCUGUGGAUAAUUACCUCAUCAACUGUGGAUCACCCAACAAUGUCACUGUGACCGCUCGUGUGUUCAUCUCUGAUACCCUCUUAACCUCUACCAGCGAAACCCUCGCCGCAAGUAACCGCAACUCUGUUUCAGAUAUCUACCAGACGGCGAGAAUCUUCACCGGAAUCUCCAAGUACAGAUUCUCCGUCGCUCCAGGCCGUCACUGGGUUCGUCUCCAUUUCAGUCCUUUUCAUUACCAAACCUUUCAAAUGGAGUCAGCCAAAUUCUCAGUCUCGUCCCAAACACAUGUCUUCUUGAGUGAUUUCACCGUGACGUCAAGAGUUAUUAUGAAGGAGUAUUAUCUGAACGUACCCACGGAUCAUCUUGAGCUCACGUUUACUCCCUCCGGUAAGUCGUUCGCCUUUGUGAACGCACUCGAGGUUGUUUCGGUUCCUGAUACAUUGAUCAGCGGUGAUCCUUCGUUCGCGGGGAGUCACGGGAGCUUUAACGAGUUGUCAUUGCAAGCUCUCGAGACGGUUCAUAGAGUGAACAUGGGCGGUCCGCGCGUUACACCUGAUAACGACACUCUUUCGAGGACUUGGAAGACAGAUUCUGAGUUUCUAGUCGAGAAUAAUCUAGUUAUGAACGUGUCUAAGAUUCCAAGCGUUCAUUAUAAACCCGGUUUGGCAACGGAGGAGACUGCUCCUAAAAGUGUAUACGGUACUUGCAGCGAGAUGAACUCCGGAUCUAACCCGGCUAGCAAUUUCAACGUGACGUGGGUGUUCGAUGUCGAAACCGGGUUUCAGUACUUUCUCCGGUUCCAUUUCUGCGAUAUCGUGAGCAAGUCGCUAAACCAGCUCUACUUCAACCUUUACGUUGACUCCAUGAUGGUUGUGAGGGAUCUCGAUCUAAGCUCUUAUGUAGUCAACGCUUUAGCCGUUGCAUACGUUAUGGAUUUUGUGACGGUAUCAGAAAAGAAGAGUGAUAGAAUCCGUGUGAGCAUUGGUCGGUCGAGUAUACACGGGGUUUACCCUAAUGGGAUUUUGAACGGGUUAGAGAUCAUGAAGAUGAAUAACUCCAAAGGUCAGCUUAGUACAGGGACAUUUCUUCCUGGUGGUGGUUUAACCAAGAAGAAGAAUGUUGGUUUGAUCGUUGGUGCAACGGUUGGUUCUCUGUUUGUUUUAGUGGCUUUUGGAGGUUUCAUUAUACUGUUCAAGAAACGAAGAGGAGGUAAUCACUCAAAGACUUGGACUCCUUUGUCUACUAAUGGAGCAGCUUCAGGCUCAAGUGGAGCUACUGUUGCAAGUUUAGCUUCUAACUCAAGCUACCGAAUCCCUCUAGCAGCGGUUAAAGAGGCUACAAACAGCUUCGACGAGAACCGUGCUAUUGGAGUGGGAGGUUUUGGUAGAGUGUACAAAGGAGUGCUUCAAGACGGCACGCAAGUAGCUGUUAAAAGAGGCAACCCCAAGUCUCAGCAAGGCUUUGCGGAGUUCAAGACGGAGAUCGAGAUGUUGUCUCAGUUCCGACAUCGACACUUGGUGUCUUUGAUCGGUUACUGCGACGAGAACAGGGAGAUGAUUCUUGUUUACGAGCACAUGAAAAACGGAACGUUGAAGAGUCAUCUCUACGGCUCUGGUUUACCUACCUUGAGUUGGAAGCAACGUCUCGAGAUAUGUAUUGGAUCAGCUAGAGGGUUGCAUUAUCUCCACACCGGUGACUCUAAAUCAGUGAUCCACAGAGAUGUGAAGUCUGCGAACAUAUUGCUCGACGAGAAUCUCAUGGCGAAAGUUGCGGACUUUGGACUGUCGAAGACCGGACCAGAGAUAGACCAGACUCAUGUGAGUACGGCUGUCAAAGGAAGCUUCGGUUAUCUCGACCCUGAGUACUUUAGAAGACAGCAGCUCACUGAGAAGUCAGAUGUUUACUCGUUCGGUGUCGUUAUGUUCGAGGUUCUCUGCGCGAGGCCCGUUAUAGACCCGACGCUUCCUAGAGAGAUGGUGAACUUAGCUGAGUGGGCGAUGAAGUGGCAGAAGAAAGGACAGCUUGAGCAGGUUAUUGAUCAGUCGCUGCGCGGUGAGAUCGUACCUGAUUCGCUAAGGAAGUUUGGUGAGACGGGGGAGAAGUGUUUAGCUGAUUAUGGAGUUGAUAGGCCGUCGAUGGGAGAUGUGUUGUGGAAUCUUGAGUAUGCUUUGCAGUUACAAGAAGCUGGUGUUGAUUGUGAUCAAGAAGAUGAUAACAGUACCAACAUGAUCGGUGAGUUACCGUUACGGUUUAAUGAUUAUAAUAACCAUGGAGACACGAGUGUUAGUGUUGCAAUAGAGGGACGGUUUGGAGAAGAAGAAGAGGAGUCGUGUGGUGAUGAUCUUUCAGGUGUUUCCAUGAGUAAAGUCUUCUCCCAGCUCGUGAAAUCUGAAGGACGAUAAGAAUCUUUGCUUCUGUACAUUGAUUAACGAUUAGACUGUGAUUUAAUUAAUCAACCGGUUCGUUUCGGUUUAAUGCAUUUAACUGUGGUUUACGCUGACAUUGAAUCGAUAAAAGGCGUAAUUACAUGUAACGAAACGCUACCGCAACACACAAAAGCCGUACCCAAACAGAAUUAAAACGCAAACGCGCUAAAAGAAAACGUGAAUCCGAAAAGUUCUUAACCGCCGAAUCCGUAGAGGGUCCUGCCUUGUCUCUUGACUCUUGAGCGCAUAGACGAU